UUGCCAAUCCAGAGAGUCAUGCAUCGUGUGAUACAACACCCGGUCUGCCCGUGCCUAAAACCGCCCCUGCUGUAACGCUAGAUGGUUUCAAACCACGAAGAGACAUUAUUGCACGUUUGGGGUAGCCUAUGUAAGACGGUUGCUACCUUCUGGUAGUAACCUAGGCUAUGACACAAGUAGCGCAUGUUCGUGGUGGUGGACCACUCUUAAGUAGCUUACAGUCGUGGCAGUGGACAGCAGCCGUUGCUGAAAAAAAGACCUAGGCAUCAGCGACUCGACUGCAAUGGACCUCGUACUUCCAGCUAUUCAACAGUAUAUUCACUUUCUAUUAUUACUUUUUAAAUAGGCUGUAGGCCUAUAUGGAGCAUAUUUUUCGUGAACGCACCAACUGUUGGAGGACUUGAAAGUCAGUCGACUCAGAAAUUGUAUGCGAAGUCUUUUCUUGACUGACCACGCGUUGUAUAAAUGCCCUAAAUGCCUAGAAUUGAGAAAACGCAUCGAACUUCAGAUGUAAUGAAUCUAUUUAAGAGGAAAAUUACUCGGCUAAGAUGGGUAACAAGCAAACGAUAUUUACUGAUGAACAGCUCGAUGCUUACCAGGAUUGCACUUUCUUCACACGCAAAGAAAUCCUUCGGUUACAUGGCAGAUACCAUGAACUGGCCCCACAUCUAGUACCAAUGGACUACACCAAUGACCCUGAUGUCAAAGUACCGUUAGCGCUGAUAGUAGCAAUGCCAGAGUUAAAUGAGAACCCUUUCCGGAACAGGAUUGUGGAGUCUUUCUCAGAGGAUGGCCUGGGGAACCUCAGCUUUAAUGAUUUUGUUGACAUGUUUUCUGUCCUUAGUGAAAUGGCUCCUAGAGAGCUGAAGGCCAUAUAUGCCUUCAAAAUAUAUGAUUUCAAUGUGGACAAUUUUCUGUGCAAAGAGGACCUUGAGAAGACUCUAAACAAGCUGACACGGGAGGAGUUGACCCCUGAAGAGGUCAACCUGGUGUGUGAGAAGGCCAUCGAAGAGGCUGAUCUGGACGGGGACAGCAAGCUCUCCUUCGCAGACUUUGAGAACAUGAUUACUAGGGCUCCUGACUUUUUAAGCACCUUCCACAUUCGAAUCUGAGAGGACUAAAUGGAAAGGUUCAGAGGUCGGUAUCAUGGUGAAGACCCUUAAAGCUGAGUAGCAGGAUCUUAACCACACCUAGACCGCAUCCUAACCACAGCACAGUGCCUGUCUCUAACAUGUCAGAAGAUUUCUCGCUCUGUCUGCAGUGAUGUCUGCUGAAUUUGGGAAGAUCAGGCUGGGUUCUCAGGAUCCUGGACCUCUUUCUGCUGACACUUUUGUUCCUAUAUUAUGGAGCACAAUUUGCUUCGUGUUUUAAUCCAGUAAACCUCAUUUGGAUGAAAAAUCUUAAACUGAUGGGGAGCAGGUUUUUUUUUUUUUUUAAGAGAGGAACAGGACAUCAACAUAAGGGGUUUUGGAUACUGUAGCCUCCCUCACCCACCUCUCUGAGGACUUAUCUGCAGAUCUGAGACUGCACAAGAAGGACCUGUGCAUUCUGUUCUAUAUUGUGUUGCACAUUAGACACCCUUAUGAUGACUUCCCUUCGCAGCCUUCUAGAGACAGACUGAAAAACAUACCUACUGUGCAUUAAGGCAAAGCUAGAGGAAACAGAGACAAUUGAAAGCGCAGCACUGGCACCAUCUUCACCCAUAGAACACAUAGACAGUGUUUUAUACUAGCUAUGCAAUAUUUGUUCUUUAGACGCAUGAACUUGAUUGUGUUUUUCCUGCGAUAGGUUGCUUUAGAUAUUUCAGGUUUUGUUAUUGCUUUAGGAACUGGAGCAUGAUGACAAUCAUAUCUUACUGUUCUCCAGUUGAAUAAAGGGCUCUGUCAUCUCGACUGCAUCUGGUUAGCCUCUACCAGUCACCUCAUAUAUUUAUACUGUGUUCAAAUAGAUCUUUCCUGUCUUAU